AUGACGGGCGGUCUUGCAAAUCAGUCGGCUGCGGCCUUGCAGCCCAAGCUUGAUACCAAUGGUGCCGCCUCGGCAAACGAGAAUGGGUCACUGGAGACGGCAGGCCAGGCAGAGAGGAUGCAGCUCGUUGACGAGGACCAGAAGUUUAAUAGCGAUGUGGGCAAAUACCUCGAGAAAUGGCAUUUGGCCGAUGCUGGCUUCGCCUACGAUCUCUGUGCAGUCGUCGGUGGCCAGUCGACGGGCAAAUCAACGCUCCUGAACAAGCUCUUCGGGACUUCAUUUGAUGUCAUGAACGAAUCACAGAGGAGGCAGACAACGAAAGGCAUUUGGAUGUGUCGAGGCGUGUCGAUGCCAGUCUUGGUCAUGGACGUGGAAGGGUCCGAUGGAAGGGAGCGAGGAGAGGACCAGGACUUCGAGCGCAAGUCGGCGCUCUUCAGCAUGGCCAGCGCCGAGUGUCUUCUCGUGAACAUGUGGGAGCAUCAGGUAGGCCUGUAUCAAGGCGCCAACAUGGGCCUCCUCAAGACCGUCUUUGAGGUCAAUCUGGGCCUUUUCCAGGCUUCAAAGGCCAAGAACCACUCUGGGAAGGACAAGACAUUAAUUUUCUUCGUCAUCCGAGAUCACAUUGGAGCCACGCCGCUCGAGAAUCUUCGCGCGACCCUCAUGGCGGACCUCUACCGGAUCUGGGAUUCGCUCUCCAAGCCCGAAGGUUUGGAGACCAGCAGAAUCGAAGACUUCUUCGACUUUGACUUUACCACACUCCCACACAAGCUUCUCCAACCUCAAGAGUUUGACAAGCAAGUCCUACAGCUCCGAACUCGAUUCACGGAUCGUAACAGCAAAGGUUUCAUCUUCAAGCCAGAGUACCACAAACGUAUCCCAGCCGAUGGCCUGCCUCGCUAUCUUGAGACAAUCUGGGAACAAGUCGUCACCAACAAAGAUCUCGACCUGCCUACUCAACAAGAGCUCUUGGCCCAAUUCCGAUGUGACGAGAUCGCCAGCGUCGCCUUUGGCGCAUUUGCAACCGAGAUCAAGGCUUUCCGCAAGCCGAUCGAGGCCGGCUCCGUUCUCGAGGCCCUGGGAGCGGACAUGGGAACUCAUAGGUCAAUGGCGUUGGCGAAGUUCGAUAAGGAGGCCUCCAGAUACCAUGCCGAUGUCUACAAGAAGAAGCGCGUUGAGCUGCUCGAAAAGCUCAACGCGGCCCUCUCGCCCUUCUUCCUGGGGCAGCUCAAGAAUCUUCACAAGGCAAUCCUAGCUUCUUUCAAAAAGUCGGUCCUUGGAAGGCUCAAGGGCGACAAUUACGACUUUGCCGAGGUUGUCGAAGGGGAAAAGUCCAAGGCCGAAUUGACCUUCAGGGCUGCGAGCACGGCAAUUUGCCUGGCCGAUACGGACUGGACAAUCGACGAAGAGCUCGCUCAAUUCAACGAAGAUGUCACGCAGAUCGCCGACCAGUGCCGAGCAGAGGAAACCAAAAAGAUGGUGACGCAAAUCGAGCGAACACUGAAGAAGGAGAUCUCGGAGCCCGUUGAGCUCGCCCUCGCACGACCAGGCACCGACAUGUGGGACAAAGUACUGCGCUCCUUUAGCGAGAGCAUGGAGAAAGCUGAGUCAAGCUACCUGAAGAAGGCGAAAAGCUUUAAUUGCACCGAAGAGGAGAACACCGUCGCGCUGAGCUCGCUCCGUCGGAGAGCUUGGCUGGCGCUGCGCGCCAAGGUUGACGAGCAGACGGCCGAUACGGUGCUCAUGUCGAAAUUACGAAGCGUCUUCGAGGACCGCUUCCGAUAUGACGAUGAGGGAGUGCCCCGUGUUUGGAAGCCAGACGACGACAUCGAUGGCAUUUUCAGGCAGGCGCGCGACGAGACUGUAGCUCUGGUGCCCAUCUACGCCAAGAUUGAGCCGACAGAUCGAAACCUGGCCGUCUCACUUCCCUCAACCUCGGAGGACCCUGCCCAUGCUGCCAUGGUGGAGCGUGGUGAAGAUGAGGAAUUUGAUUUCCCGUCGACUCUCAAUCUCUUCUCGGAGACGCGCAAAGUCGAAGUCGCCAAUCGCUUCCGCAAAGAGGCUGAUGCUUACUACGUCGAGGCAAAGCGAAGCAUGGUCUCCUCGAUUGCACAAGUGCCUGUUUGGAUCUACGGUGUCAUGGUCGCGCUCGGCUGGAACGAGUUCAUGGCAGUGGUACGAUCCCCUCUCUAUUUCACCUUCUUGGUCCUCUGCCUCGCAGGCGCCUACGUUGUUUGGAAACUCAACAUGAGCGGCCCCAUCUUGUCGGUUUCCAAGGCUGUGGGACGAGAGGUACAUCGACUGGCCGACGAGCAGCUGCGAAACCACUUCAGCCAGCCUCUUCCGCAACCUGCGAUGCUGAGGGAAACGGCAGCGCCCUCGACGAAGCCGGCUGCCAAGAGGGAGGAAGCGCCCGUCGAGGAGUUCGAGCUCAAAGAGAAGAAGCCUGACUUGAGUUGA